CGUUAGACUAGGCGCAACACGGUUCACCACGAACUUCAUUGCACUCGACAGCUUAUACAAGCACCGCGUGGGUCUGAGAAAUUUGUUUAGAUCCGAGAAAUACAUGGAGUGGAAUCAGAGGAAGACUGAGGGUGCAAAGACCUGUUCGAAGAUAGUGCUUUCCGAUUCCUUCUGGGAUAAAGUUCACAACGUCGUUUCCUUCCUGCAUCCGAUGUACAAGGUCCUACGAGCCGUAAAUAAUGAGAUGUGGCCUUUGAUGGGGUCAAUGUAUGAGCUUAUGAGAAUUAUGAGAGGGGAUAAUGACUACAAUCCCCAGUUCGUAUCAGUGGGUGAUCAAUAUCAUCGAUCAUCGAUGGACCGGGACUCGAGCAUCCACUCCACCAAGCUGGUAAGUUUCUUAAUACAACUGAGUACCUUAAGCAUCACUUCUGUUUGCAUGUUAAUACAACUGAGCAACUAAUAUUUGGGUUUCAGCAUACUAUUUGAAUCCCAAAUUUCAUUACAAACGUCGGCUCCAUGAGAAUCAAAAUUUGACGAUGGCUGUCCACGAGGUGUUUGAACGAUUGUUCCCAGAAUCAACAGCGCAUGCAGAUUUCGGUAACCAGGUAAUGCAAUAAAUUUUCUUCCUUAUAGCCUUUAGAAAUAUGGGUGAUUAAAAAUAAUGACCUGUGAAUCCGUGUUUACAGUUAUUGCGGUUUAGGGAUGCGAGGGGUACGUUCUCAUCCGCAUUAGCAAAAGCAUCGACUGAAACGAUGAUGCCAUGUGAGUGGUGGGCGAUGUACGGAGUCGACACGCCCGCACUGCAGUUAUUAGCAGUCCGUGUUCUCGCACAGACUGUAUCCUCCUCACCGUGUGAGAGGAAUUGGAGCACAUGGUCACUCAUACACACCAGCAAGAGGAACAGGUUGGCAUAUGAGAAGCUGCAAAAGCUCGUUUACUGCCACUACAAUAUGAAGUUAAGAGAGAGGCAGUUGCGGGUAGAUCGAGACAUGGAGGAAAAUCAGGACCCACUGGACCUGUUGUCUAUAGGUAACAUGGCACAGAUAGGUGAUGAUGAUGAGGACCCACUUUAUGAGUGGGUCAAAUCAGCUGAUUUAGAUGAUGCGGAGGGAGGCCCUGCUCUACAGGUAGCCGAGGGAGCAGCAGCUCUAGGUAUCGACGUCGAUCAGGUAGUAUCCGAACAGAAUGCGGAUACAGACUCCUUUGAUCCUUUGGUGAGGAGUUCGGCACGUUCCAAUGAGGGUGAGGAAGCAUCUUCACGGCCCCCACCCCAUCAUCAAGUCGUAGUGAGUGAUGAUGAUGAUGAGACUCAACCCCCACUCAACACUGGUCCUGGGGAUGACGACGACAGCGAUGAUGAUGACCACGACGAUGACGACGGUGAUGAGAGAGGGGACGGAGGCACCGACACUAGUAUAGGUGGUACUAGUGGGGGUAGGGGUGGCAGUGGUGGGGGAUACACGACGGCUCAGAGCCAACGAUCCGUUGGCCAGUUCACUGAGGAGCAAAGCUUUGACCAUGCCACUCAGGACAUGGACCAUGGAUCUCGUCCACCAUCCAGAGCGAGAGCAUCGGAGCCCACAUAUAUGUUCGAACGUCGUUCGAAGAAGAAAGCCGGACGCGCCGCGGCUGAUGCCCUCACACGCAGCUUGUCAUCUAUGGACAUAAGUUCAGAUCGGGGGAGCUCCACCUCUGUCCCACCUUAUGCUCAUGGGGGAUAUCAUGGGUAUGGCCGUGACAGCUCUGACAUUCAGUCACGCUCAUCUAUCCAUGAGUACAGGCAGCCAGAAGAUAGUUCUUCGAGUCAUGACCCUUUGACAGGUGGAUAUUCGGGAUACCCGUACGACUGGCAGCAAUACUAUCAAGGAGUAGGGGUUAGACUUGAUCUGUUCCCUCAGUACCCUGCUCAGGAAAUGCCAUCGAUGUAUGUCACGCAAUUCCCACGUCUAGGCGUACUCGUACAGUUUGGGGAGGAUGACUAUCAGAGGUACAUAAGAGAGUUCCUCAAUUGGUACGAGCAGAGGAUGACUUGGGAACAGUACUGCCAAUAUGUUGGGCAACAGUACUACUCUCAACUGCCACGGGAUCCAGACAAUGAUUACGAGCCACCUCGUCACUCUAUGUGGAGAUGAAAAAUGGCCAGAAAUGUGUAUUUUUUUAAUUUAUUUACUUUUGCAUGUCUUAAUUGUUGUAAGCUUGCAUUUGUAUUAUAUAAACUCAUUUUGAUUACUAUUUGAGUGAUUUCUUACAACAACGCAUGCUUUUUGGCCCCCAUUAAAUGAAAACUUUUAAUUUAAUAUAUUCUUUUUGCAAAUUUUUUAUUCCUGAAUAUGUAAAUAUAUGUAUUUAGGCAUGUCCUGAAGUUUCACUGAAAAAUUCUACCAUUUUCUCCAUGUUUCCCCCUUUUUCCCUGCAUUUCCGGUUAUCAGCGAUAUUAUCGGCGAUAACGAUAUUAUAUCUUUAUCUCCGGCCAGCGAAACUUGUAGCGACACCGACAACUCGAACACUGUU